AUGGCGGCUGCAAACACGGAGGAGUCGCCGAAUCUUGUUCUGGCCGAAGAAAUGCCUGCACAUUCGACUUAUUCGUUUUCCCAUUGGGAUCCUUGUCUAAGUAAAGAUUGGGAUAAAGAGAAACCUUCACAUCAAUGUAUUCUACGGAUUAAAAGGGACAUAAUGACCAUUUAUAAUGAACCUCCACCUGGAAUGUGUAUCGUACCAGAUAAAGAAGAUAUUACAGAGAUUCAUGCUUUGAUAACUGGACCUUUUGACACUCCCUAUGAAGGCGGAUUUUUCUACUUCCUAAUCAGGUGUCCACCUGAUUAUCCUAUUCGACCACCCAGAGUGAAAUUAAUGACCACUGGUGAUGGAAGAGUUCGAUUCAAUCCUAACCUAUACAGAAGUGGCAAAGUAUGCCUUAGUAUCAUUGGAACAUGGAGUGGACCAUCAUGGAGUCCUGCACAAAGUUUAUCAAGUAUUUUAAUCUCCAUCCAGUCUUUAAUGAAUGACAAACCAUAUCACAAUGAACCAGGAUUUGAACAGGAACGAAAUGCUGGUGAUGCGAAAAGAUACAAUGAUGUCAUCCAACAUGAAACAUUGCGCGUUGCUGUUUGUGACAUGUUGGAAGAACGAUGUGCCUGCCCUGAAGCUUUAAGAGAAGUAAUGGAGAAAUCUUUUCCUGCCUACUACGAAUAUUAUGAAUCAGUAUGUAAGGCUAAUUUACAGAAACAGGGCCAGUCAAUGUUGGAUCCAUUUGGUGAUAAGCGAGGUUCAUUUGAUUACCAGUCGAUCUUGAAACGAUUACAAGCUAUCAAGAAGAAGCUGGAUGAAAAGCAGGAAGUAUCAGAUGUGGAAGAGUCAACCGAUUCUGAAACAGAAGCAUUAGGAAGCUCGAAUCAGAGCUGA